CCACGGAUUCCCUUCAGACAGAGGCAUCAUGAAGUCUGCCCUGAAAAUCCUUGCUGCUCUUACUUUUUUUCAGAUGUGCUCCUCUGGUCCCGUGAGCCAUCCGACAAACUGGCUCAGACAAUGCCGGGCAUCCACCAACCUUUCUCUCACAGCCCUGGAAGUCCUGCCAGGAGGAGGGUGGGACAACCUACGGAACCUGGACAUGGGCCGAGUGAUGAACCUCAGCUACUUCUAUUGCCAAACCACUGAGGACGGGCUUUACCUCAUCCCAGAUGAAGUGUUUGUCAUCCCUCAGAAAGAGACAGGCGUGGAGACCAACUCAGAGAUAGUCAGCUCCUGGCUGGAGCAGAAAAGCACCACAUCUCACUCUAUAAAUGCCGACGCAUCAUUUUUCUCAGUGCUGAAUGGCAAAUUUUCUACUGAGAACACGAGGAUGAAAUCCCAUCAGGUCAAAGAUUCUUCAACUACAGCCAGAGUGCAGGUUCGCAACUUCAUUUACACAGUUAAAGCUUACCCAGACUUCACACUGGAUUCACGCUUUGUACAGCAAGUCAGAGAUAUAGCAGAUGCAACUGAAAACAACCAGACGAGGAAUGCAAACUAUCUCUCUGAGAAGAUGGUGCUGGACUAUGGAACCCAUGUUAUCACUAGUGUAGAUGCUGGGGCUUCUUUGGUGCAGGAAGACUACCUUCGUUCCUCGUAUGUGUCCGAUGGUUCAUCAGAUAGCUCCACUGUUAAAGCUCAGGCUGGAUUAAACUUUUUUGACAAACUCAAAUUUGACAUUAGUAGUCAAUCUAGCCAACAAAGCUCAUCACUUCAUACAUAUCAGUCCAACAUUCAGUACUCCCUCAUCCAAAGCCAUGGGGGCAUACCGUUUUAUCCUGGGAUCACUUUGCAGAAGUGGCAAGAAAGUACCAGGAAUAACCUGGUUGCUAUUGAUCGUUCUGGAUUUCCACUCCACUACUUUAUAAACUCAAACGCUUUCCCUGAUCUACCACAACCUACAGUUGGCAAAGUGGCUCGUACAGUGAGUAAGGCAAUAGAUCGCUACUACAAGAUCAACACCCGUCCUGGUUGUGUGGACAUCGGCUCCAAGAACUUCAACUUCCAGGCCAAUCUUGAUGAUGAUUCGUGUGAAGGCCCAGUUACCAACCUUAGUUUUGGAGGUGUGUACCAACAGUGUACAAACCUUAGCCCAGAUGCAGAUCCACUUUGUGAGGCACUAGCCCAGAAAAACAUUGCCACAGGCGAUUACUCCUGUCGCUCACCUUACACCCCAACUUUAUUACGAUCAGAAGUGAGACAGCAGGGAUACACUAAAAAUUACUGCUAUGAUGUCAGCUAUUCAUGUGGAUUCUUGUGGUUGUCCACUUGUCAUCGUAGAGACUGUGAAAAUGUGUAUCGUGUUCGCUCUGCUCGUGUAAAUACCUACUGGUGCUCUGUGAACGGACAAGCGCCUGAAAACUCUGGGUUUCUGUUUGGAGGAAUCUACGGCUCCUCCUUCCAGAACCCCAUCACCAAGUCCAAAAGCUGCCCUCAAAACUUCAUUCCAGUAAAAUUUCUAUCAGAUGGCCAAGUGAUCUGUGUGAGUAAUGACUAUGAGACCGGUACUAGGUACUCUGUACCAUUUGGAGGUCUCUUCAGCUGUGAGGCUAGUAACCCACUGGCUAAAAAGCAAAACAGAUGCCCUCCCAAAUUCAGCCAGCACAUCGCCACUGUUAGCGAUGGCUGUGAAAUUCUUUACUGUGUCCAGUCUGGACUGUUCACAGGGGGCGAGCUACAACCAAUCCGUCUCCCUCCCUUCACUAAAUCUGCUCUUGUCAGCAUGCAAGCCACCAACACAGUGAUGGUGAUGAGUGAAGGUGAACAGAGCUGGGUCAGGGUAGGGCCCUCUAAAACGUGGAAACUUGUCAAACCGGAGGAAAUCCCAAACCUUAUUCGAAAAUUUAACCCAGAAAUGAAUCAGAUGUCAAGUGGGGAAAAGGCAGGAGUGGCAUUCGGAGUGAUGGGUUUGAUUGCAUUGGUGGUCAUAGUGGCAGUGAUUCUUGUUAGGAGGAGAAGGAGGUACUCUGGAUUUAGGUCAAGUGAAUAUCAGACAAUAGGCGACGAGGCAGAGAGGGAGACGGCCCAAGAGGAGGCUUAAAACAACACUGAAAGGCUUUAGAUGUAGCUUUUAACUUCCUUGUUGAUUUUAGAACUUUUGAUUCAGAAAAGACCUUUUCACACAUAUUAAAGAUUUCUUUUGUGAAACAGCUGGUUUCUUCUUAGCAUACAAAACUUUGCAUUAUGAAUCAUAAAGGUUAGAAUGGCACUGCUUUUGAGGAAGUUGUAACCUUAUGGCAUUUUAAAAGAUAAAGUGCAAGAUGGAGCAAGCAAAACUGAUUUUCAAACUCCAUAAAGCACAAUUGCUGCCUCCAUGUGACCUAUAUGCACAUGGCAAAAUUGUACACUUACUGUAUAUUUUUUCACAUUAGUCAACUUUGUAUGGUUUAAUGCUACUUUUAGUUUGUAUUUUACAUGUGAAAUAUUUAGUAAAAAAGGAUUCAAAUAAUUAACGUUUGUAUCAUCGUGAUUUGUAUCAUAUUUAUGUAAAAAAAGCUUGAGUUUACUUUUUGUAUACUGCUAAUAAAAUUUGCAUUAUGCAAAUCA